AUGACUUCCCAAGGGGUGCCGUCUCGUAAGCGUGCUGCCCCAGGAACGUCGCCUGUUGUGCAUGCGCCUAUUGGGUCUAUCCCAAGUUACACAGACACCACCAAUCAAUUGUCAGACGACCAAUUUCUUCAAUGGGGUCAAGAUCCUCAUGCCGCCGCUGCUGUCGCGCAACCAUUUCCUAUCGAUCCGAACCCAUAUACCACCAUGUCAUAUGUCGCCGCCAACCAGGACAUUCCAGUACCCACAAAUCAACCCUCCAACCAGCUCACCAGGAGACCUGUGAACCAGUUGAUGAAUCGAAAUCGCUCGUUUGAGCAAUCGUCUGUUUCGUCUGUUCCAGAGAGCGGUGGCGAUGGAUGGGGAGAAAGUCUAGCAGAACUCGAACAGCGAGCGCUAAUUGCGAAGCGGGAGGCUCAGGCCAAGCGAAAGCAAAUUCCUCCUUUUGUUCAGAAGCUCCGCAGUUUUCUCGAUGAACCACAAUACGCUGAUUUCAUUCGAUGGUCGGAUGACGGAAACUCGUUCAUCGUGCUCGAUGAAGACGAGUUCGCCCGCAGGCUCAUUCCAGAGCUUUUCAAACACAACAAAUAUGCCUCCUUCGUACGUCAAUUAAACAUGUAUGGCUUUCACAAAAAGGUCGGCCUGUCCGAUAAUUCGAUGCGAGCCAGCGAAAGAAAAAACAAGAGCCCGAGUGAAUACGCCAACCCGUACUUUAAGCGCGGUCACCCGGAUCUCCUUUGGCUGAUUCAGAAACCCAAGAAUGCGCCUGGUCAGGGUAGUAAAGGCGCCAAAGGUGCUAAGAUCAAGACUGAGGAUGGCGAAGAGCAUGAUCCUGACGAAUUGGUUGAUGAUAUCGGCCGCGACGAACGACCACGACUUGGCGGUCAGCUUGCGAUAACCAACGGGCAAGAUGUCAUGCCCAAAGAUCAACUAGCAGGUGUAUAUCGUGAGCUCCAAACUAUCCGCCAACAACAGCAGAUUAUUUCAAGUACGAUAUCCAAAUUACGCCGUGAACAUGAGCAGUUGUAUGCCCAAGCUGCAAAUUUUCAAGAACAGCACAGCCGCCAUGAAAACUCUAUCAACGCAAUUCUCACGUUCCUUGCUACCGUUUACAAUCGCAGCCUUCAGGGGCAUGACGGACCACAAAAUAUCGCCAAUUCGUUUUCCGGAAUUAUAUCUCAAGAUCAGGGCAACUUUGUUGAUGUCGGUGACGACUUUGCUCUGAGUACUUUGGGCAACGAUCUUGCUUCAGGGACACCACGAUUCAAGAAACAACCAUUGCUUCUUAAAGCCCCCCCUCAGGCCAACACGACGACCAGUGACCGCGCCACCACAUUGUCUCCGGCCGCCAGCAAUUACGAUACACUCUCGAACCGUAAAUAUUCCCGCCCAAGUACUACGCCGUCACAUACUAUUGAAGAAGUGCAAGAUGCCACUAGUCCCCAAACGACAGCUUCCUCAAAACCCUCGCAAGAUCAGCGCAAGCCACAGCGUGAUAUAAUGUCCAUGAUUCAGCUUUCCAAUGCCGCCAAUGGGAUUCCAACAACUUUUGCUGAUUUUCCAAACAUUGUUAAUUCUCUCGAAACUUCUGGUGGCAAGUCGGCGCUUACUCCAAAACAGCGGGCAGACAUGUUGCGGCAGAUUGCGCGCGACACGACCGUUAGUGAUCCAAGCUUAGCUUCUUCCAACAACGCCCUCAUCACUCCUACUCCUCCACCAAUGCCAGCCGACUAUUCUGCUCAACUUGCAAACACCCGUACUGAAAUUGAUAAUUUGAUGAAGAUGCAAGCAGAACAGGACCGUUCUGUACAGAACCUCACCAAUUUGCUGCAGCCAUUGAGCCCUACUGGUCAGAUUCCAGGGCUUCAGGAGGGCCACGUUGUCCCUCCAUCUCUUGACCUCGAUCAGAUCUUCAAUAGCCAAGAUUAUUUCACGGACUAUAAUGAUCUAGAAAACAAGGGAAAUCUUGACCUUGGAGACACGUCUGCAAACUUAACGACAGGGAUACCUUCCCAGGCUUAUAGAGCAACUGCAAACGAUCAAACCACCACCGAUGAUCUCUUCAACUUCGACAAUCUCGGCAACGACGCUGUAGAUACCGAUCUAUUCGGUGACGCUCGAGCUUCUAAUGCGGGAGCAGGAUACUUUGAUAAUUACGACGACUACCUCAAACCCGGCUUCAGCAAUGACGACCUCAGCAACCGCAACACGGCUGCUACUGUCGCUGGUAAUGGCAAUAACACGAAGAGCGCCACCUCUCCAGAGACAGGACGAAUCAUCGAGACACUUACCGACAGCGAAUCAACUAGUCCCACGAAUACGGUGGAUGAGAACUACCAAAGUCUCAACGCAAGCAAUACAUCUGACGUGAACACACAGAGCCCAAAGCGGCGACGGAGGGCUUGA